CGUCCGAUCAGUAAUCCCCCUCUUCUCCCUUCAAUAUUGACAUGUUGACGUCCUGAUCCAGCCAACGACAUUGUGAGCUUCGAACGACCGAGGCACACAUGUCAGAUCAGCUUUUGUCGUGAAUUGCGGGUGCACUGCGAUGAUGAUGCAAGCUUCGACGACAUCUGUCUUAUAUUGGAGUCUCUGCCACCACGCAUAACAUAUCGUUCCCGAAAGGCAUCCCCAGUUUAUCCCUUGUGUUUUGCCCCAUCGAGGGAGAGAAGACUCAAUGGCUUCCGUAAAACAGGUCGCACUCAUUGUCGGGGCGUCGAGAGGCAUUGGGAGACAGGUUGUCAUUGAUUUGGCGAAGAACGGCUAUGCAGUGGUUGUCGCGGCGAAAAGUACCUCUGACGCCUCCAAAACGACUCCAUUCCCACCGGACCCCAAUUCCCCUCAGUCUACAAUCAGCACGGUCGAGCGCGAAAUUCGUGAAGCUGGAGGCGACGCCACAGCUGUCGCGGUAGACACACGCGAUUUUGCCAGCGUGGAAAGCUUGGUUGCACGGACAAUCGAGAUCUAUGGCCGUCUGGACGUUCUCAUCUACAACUCCGGCGCGAUUUGGUGGGCGAGCGUGGAGAACACACCCAUGAAGCGGUUCCAGCUGAUGCAGCGGGUGAAUAUCGAGGGCCUAUACGGGACUGUUCAGGCUGCAUUGCCGCAUUUCAAGAGCAAUGGCUGGAAGGGCCGGAUAAUCGUCGUCAGCCCUCCUAUCUAUUCGAGGUUCUUCCGCGGAAAGACGGCAUACGCGAUGGGGAAGGUUGGCAUGAGUGUCCUUACGAAGGGGCUGGCUGUGGAUUUCGAACGGGAAGGCAAGACUGAUAUGGCAAUCACUAGCAUCUGGCCUGCAGUCGCUAUUCAGUCCGCCGCCACGGAGAAUGUGGAGCAGGAGAAUCUGAGGGAUCUAAGGAAACCGACUAUAUACUCGGAUGCGAUCCUUGCCAUGUUGCGGGCGCCUCCGUCAACGGUUAACGGCUGCCUUGAGCUGGAUGAGGAUUUUCUCCGCAAAACUGGCGUUGCGGACUUUUCCAAGUACAAUGUCGUCCCCGGCAGCACGCCUCGGCGUAUUAUGCCCUCAAAGUUUCCAGAUCUCACAGUUCGUGAGCAAGCUGACGAGGGCAAGCGAGUUGACAGCACGAAAUUGAAAUCAAGAAUGUAGAGAACCCCCUUGCUGAAGACGUUAGAGGCCCGAUCCUUACAACGGCUUCAUCGGCAGAACCCAAGGAAAAGAAGGGCGAUCGGUGGGGACGGGAGCAUUUGAAUUACUGCAAAAUCAACAGCUUUUCACCAAGCAAUAGCUCAUCCAGGUCUAGACAAGCUGACACGGGUGACUAUGCUGCUGCUUUGAUGCAAAAUCGCCACUAACCCUCCCUUCGUAAGUUUAUGCAUUUUCAUCACGUCAAGCACGACCAUGUGGGCGUCACACAACAUAUAGGCUAUGUAGGUUUAUAUUUAUUCUGCUUCGCCUGGAUUUAAAGUAUUUGGAUUCUCUGAUAUGCGUUCAUGGGUCUGCAAACAUUUUGAG